UUACUGCAUAUUCCACAGCGCAGCUCCAUCUCGACUUCAUCUUGUAUACUUACAAUUAUAUUCCCACGAACCGAACCCUAAAUUUCGUGGUUACCUUUUCAUGCGAGGAACUCAUACCUACCCGCUUAUCCUCGACUUCACUUCUAAUAAAGCAUAUACUUCCCUUGCUUAGCUCAGGUCUUCAUUCUUUUGACACUGAGCAAUAUACUAAUAGUGUAUAUACUCCGACUUCCAGCUAGCUACUCGAGACCGUAGCUCAAGUUCCAUCCAUCGAUUGACGCACCAUAUAAUAAGCACGGAUACGACUAUUUAGCUCCCAAUCCGCCACCAUGGCCCCGACACCGACGAAGUAUGUCCUCCUGUCGCUACCCCUGAGCACCUUCGACACGAGCGACAAGCAAGAAGCUCUCGACUCCGUCAAGGCCACCAUCAACCCCGAAAACGGGACGGUCCUACCCUUCCCCGUCCCCAGCUUCAAGAUAGGCACCCUGGACGCCUUGGUGCAGCAGGCCGACGACUUGGCAAAGCUCGACACGGCCUGCGAGGCAGUGGUCAGCAAGGUCGGCGAUUCCUUGCGCUCCUUGUACGAAGGCAACGAGGAUAAGGCUUCCGAACAGAAGAUGGUUAACGACAAGCCGACGGAUCAGUACCUUCGCACCUUUACUUGGAACAAAGUCCGCUACCGAGCUGACAGGUCUGUGGGCGAACUAGUCGAUAUCCUACAAAAAGAAUUGACUACAAUCGACAACGAUGUCAAGAGUAAAUUCAAUCAAUACAACCAAGUCAAGUCGAACCUCGCUACUCUUCAAAGAAAACAAACGGGCAACCUUGCGACUAAGUCCCUCACACCGGUCGUCGACCCGUCUCUACUAGUGCAGGAUUCCGAAUACCUCGAAACGCACCUCGUCGCCGUCCCCAUCAGCCUGAAAAAGGAGUUCCUCAAGAGCUACGAGACCCUGGCGCCCAUGGUCGUGCCUCGGUCGUCCAUCCAAGUUGCGCAAGACGAGGAGUUCGUCCUGUUCGCCGUCACCACGUUUAAGAAGCACAGCGCCGAGUUCCAGCAGAAGUGCCGGGAGCAGAAGUGGACGCCCCGCCAGUACAAGUACGUCGAGGGCGGCAAGGAGGAGGAGCAGAGGGAGAUAGAUCGCGUCACCCGCGAGGAGAAGAAGCUGUGGGGCGAGGCUCUGCGGCUGACGCGCACGGGGUGGAGCGAGAGCGUCAUGAUAUGGGCGCACGUCAUGGCCCUCCGCGUGUUCGUCGAGUCGGUGCUGCGGUACGGCUUACCGUUGGAAUUCGUAUCGGCUCUCGUAGUGACAAACGCGAAGCUGGUGAAGAAGGUGAAGACGGCGCUGGACUCGUCGUAUUCGUACCUGGGCGGGAAUGCGUUCGGACGGGACAAGAGAGGAAGGAUCACGAAGGACGACGCGGCGCUGACGUCGGAGAUGGUGGCCGCCGGGCUGGGACACGCCGGGGAAGGAAACGAGUACACGGCUUACGUAUACUACGAGUUCGAGGUAUAGACAGCGUAGCAAAGCAGUUUAAUUUACAUAUCAGGUUGGCGCUUUUUUUUUCCGCGACGAAUAAGGGAGGUUUCGGCUAUCAUAUCGCAACAACAACAAC